CCGGCUACGUGGGCGCUCUUCUGAUGGUAGACCAAGGCCAGUUGCACGCAAUCAUGCAAACCACUGCAGUCCCGGUCUCUCUCGAAUUUUUGCCUUCGUGAGAUGUUGCGCAGACAUGGCGGGUUGCUGGCUCUUCCAUCCCACCAACCCCCCUAGAUCCCAUUUCUCUCUCUCUUCGUGCCUGUCUGAAACUGUACAUCCUCGUCCAUCACAUGCCAUACCGGACUCUGGACAUCAAGACAAUGCGACGAUACCCAGGAGCCCAUUAUGUCCACCGUGUGCACCAUCCAAGGUAGCCCGAACCUCUACGGCCUCGGCAUCCGUGUCUCGUUCUACCUCCUUUGGUUUUUUAUCCCGCUCGCCGAGCGAUGGCAUGAGGAUCAUGCUGGAGUGCCUCGGGCCGCCGAGCUGAUUCUAGCCCUUGCCGUCUUUAUCGGCCUGGCUUUGGCCCUGUCAGAUGGGUAUCUCUUUGCCGUCGAGGUCUAUAUCGCACUGCUACUUCUUUCGACAGGGAUCUACCUCCUCGUCCCUCGCAACGUAAGGCACCUGGUGGGCUGGAUCCGCCCGGACUGGGGCUCAGGGACCCGGCGUAGUAGCUUCGGUAUCGGUGGAGUGAUCCGGUUCCUGUUUGUGCUCAUCAUAGUCAGUCUUCAACUGUGGUUCUGGGCUUCUGGCGUUGAGUCGACAUCCAUCGACCGUAACUUGAGAAAUCCGAGCGGGUGCUGUCCGUGUGAGCCGCCGCAGCAGGUCGGCUUCAUUUUCGGCCCCGUCGAGAUGCAUAGUGGCGGGUUCCGGGCUACAAACGGCCUGUUUAUGCUGGGAGUCCUUCUAGGAGCGUUGAUCAUCGGUGCUAUGAAGGCGGGAGUCAUCAGGAGGAGGAGGGCGAGACGUCGAAGGAGAGCCAAGUAUGUAAAGGGAUGCAGGCGGGUCCCCCUGCUACUCCCGCGGUUCUUGCUAGCCCGGUGCUCCAAGCUGACCAUUGCAGCCCCUUGCCCAAUGCCGUCAUAAAAGAGGUCCAAACCUUCGGUGGUCUAACCGUUGCAAGCCUUCUAGUGGCUGCUAUUGAACUGACCAUCGAGUGGAACGGAAUUUCGGCUGCCGUUAACCAGGUGAACACGGCUGCGCAGUUGAUCCCCCUUGGCAUUGUCAUUGGGAUAAUUCUGGCGUUCCUGUAUGAUCGGAGAAACGACUCUCCUGGCAACGACAGAGAGAGCAAUACCAAUGGCGGCAGGGGCAGUAAUGGUACCGGCGACAUAGACCCCACUGCCUCGUCGAUGUAUUGGUGGGGGGAUUACCCCGUGAGAAUCGCCAGGUCAGUCACUGCCUUAGAUACACGAGGGUAGUUGGACAGAAGACAAGACUUACGAUGUGCUCUAGCCCACGGCUUC